GUGUAUUUCUAAAAUUUGUAAUCAGAAAAGAAUAACAUGGAAGUUAUGUGCACGGCAUCUUAUCCAGUAGCCAACUUGGCCGGAAAUGCAAUUCCGGCUGAACCGUAUCGUGUAAAAGCUACAAUCUUUAGGAGACCCAAUGGGCUUUCCUUCUCUGGCCCAUCAAAUAUGUUUGAAAAAUCUGUUUCCUUGAGCUCUUUCAGAAGCUUUUCCACUUUUUCCCCCAUGGCUAUUGGCUCGAAUACAAGUGAAGAUACAGAUGAUAUGUAUGACGACUUAUUUAAAAAAUAUGGGAAAGUUGUCUAUACGAGAAAUGAUCAGAAAUCUCCUAUAGCAGAAGUUGAUGAUGAUGCUGAAAGCUUGGCGUUUGCUGUAGCAGCAGCCAAGGUUGCAAGUGAUGCGAAGGCUGGGGAUAUUAGGGUUCUCUUCGUGAAGCCUCUGGUGUACUGGACUCGGUUUUUUAUAAUUACCACCGCAUUUUCUCGCCCUCAAAUUGAGGCUAUUCGUCAUAAAAUAAAAGACCUGGCCGAGAAUGACUACCGGAGGGAGGUAACUGGUGAUGCGAAGCCCAACUCAUGGACAUUACUGGACUUUGGUGAUGUAGUUGUCCACAUAUUUCUUCCAGAACAGCGAGCUUACUACAACCUGGAAGAGUUCUAUGCCAAUGCUACUCAAAUUGAGCUUCCAUCUGAAAACAGACGACCAUCUAAUACUUGAAAUCAGAAAUUGGAACUCGCUGUUAUGGUUUUGGGGUGGUGUUCCCUACUGAGUGGUGGCAGUAUCGUCUAUAUCUGGUACGUAAUCUGAGAUCAGAGUCAUCCAUAACAGUUGUGCAGUGCAGACUAUGGCUUGUCAUCAAUUUCCUAGCCAGCCAUGCUAGCCAAUAUGAUAAAUAGAGGAUUGGAAUUGAAAUUUGUUUGUAAGAUCUUUUGUGGCCUUUGCAUCUGAUCUGUAAUUAGAUUCUUAGGAAGAUUAUCGCAAGGCUCUCCCAAACCAUAGAAUAGUCAAGACUACUGUGAUAGGGUAUUAGGUGUAUUUUGAUCUACUUAUAUUUAUUGGAACAUGAACUUUCUUUACCAUUACUUUCAAUGUUAUUCACAGACUAGUGAGCACUGUUAAAAUUUUUCA